CGGUCACACUGCUGCUGUAAUGACAUAACCUAGUUAUUGUCUAAAGUAAAUUUUAUUUCUUUGAAAACAUAAAUCGCAACUUGCGUCUGGGUUGGCGAUAUGUUAAAGCUUAAUCGUGUGAAUCAACUGCGAACGACGUACAAGCGCUGUUUGGCCGGACAAUCACUGCAACUAAAUCCGGCUGAUGAAGAGCCGGCAUAUCCAGAAAUUCGAGAUCUGUCAUUUAAGGCCCGCAAGCAAAAGGCUACGGCUGAUUGGCAUGAGGAAAUCCGCCAAGUUCCCACGGUAGAGGAGAAAAUAAUCAAAAUAAAUAUUCCCCGCUAUUAUGGUUUUAAGGUGGUCGAUUUCAACGACUCCAAAAUUCCCUACAAUGCUCUACCGCUCACGCAACAUUAUACGCGCACAGUUUUCGAGGAUCUGCCAACCGCAUCUACAUCGGAAAAGGUCGAUUCAGGAGAUAAAAUGAGCGAGGAUUCUCUUAUCAAGACGGCCCGUGAGGAUGUCAUUGAAGCCCUAGAGUUCGCCCACGACUACUACAAGCAUCUGGAAAAGCAACCCCAAUCUGCUCAACAAAGUGCUGUUGAACGUGAGCGAGUCCUAACGCAGAUAAUUGUCGAACAGCUAAACAGGACACUACUGCAGGUGCUCAGCGAGGAGUACAAACACCUGGAUGACGUCGAGGUUGAUUAUAAUCCGCGUCACGAAGCCUUCUGGGCAGUUGGCGGUGUUGAUCCUCCCAAGAACGUGCAAAAUUCAAAGAAAGGUCGUGAUUGGCAAAAGGAUUCGGCCAACGAGAGCAUUGAUCGUCUGGUACAAUAUACGGGAACUCCGUAUCUUUCACUGCGCCAUCGAAAGCAAUUAACGCCGUGGAAAUCGUCGGCGGAAAGUGGAGAUCCUAAGCUGAGCAAACAAUUGCCUCGUUUCAAGCACGACCCGCGAACUCUUGGUUACAGUACCAAGUAUCAACAUGCUACCAAUGUUCCAGGCUAUUGGCCUAAAGGAACUGAGCGCAACUUUGGACUGCUCUCGUUCCAAUCGCGGGCUCAUCUGCAGUUGAGACCGAAGUCAUAUGGUGAACGAGAUUUACAGGAAGCUCUUCAUUCGCUGGCGAUUAAAUCAUCAUAUGCAUGGCUUUUGGCCCAGGCAAACUACAAUGGUUUUAACACCUAUAACGAACUGACCUAUCCCAUGAACACUCAAACUGUGAUCACAAACGGUAGGGAAUGGAGCUUUUACGAGUAUCAAUUGAAUACGCUGCUGUUACACGGCAACAACGUUGAGGAUAAUCCACGUAUAAACUUCUGUCGCGGUACAAAGCCCCUUCCACUUUACGCAGAGAUUUCGUCGAAUGGAAAGUGCGUGGAUUUCAAUGAUACCGCACUGCGGCAACUCCUAAACUUUUAUGUUAACACGCCAUCUAUUCAACGGAGUAUUAAGGAGCAACAGCCGUAUGUUGCAUCCGAUAUCAACGCCUAUGAGAACUCUGAACAACGAGAGUUUAUUAGCAAAACGUUUAAGUAUUUGGCUUCAAAUAGACCGCGACAUUUAGAAAUACCUGAAAUCUACCUGUGGGAAAAGCUAUACAAGAUUGAUAACAAUACCCGCGCAAUGGACGCAAGACGUCGAUUCUUUGAGCUUGAUAUCAAUCCUUGGAAGAGAAGGCUUGAUCAACACGACAAGGAAUACGUACCACGAGCAGUCCGACCAGAUGUCCGUAAAAAUCAAAACAGAUUUAAAAAGACGUACUACCCUUGAAUAAAUAAAUAAAAAUGAACUUUUAGGAAGUUAAA